GUCCUACAUCACCCUAGAUCGCAAGUAGACAUGGCUCACAAAGCUCCACUAGUCGUUCCCGCGCUCAAGCGGCACACUGCCACUGUUAUUGUUGCGCAUGGGCUUGGAGAUAGCGGCGCUGGCUGGAUCUUUCUUGCAGAGAACUGGCGCAGGCGAAGCAAGUUUGAGGAGGUCAAAUUUAUCUUUCCUAAUGCGCCAAACAUCCCGAUUACCCUGAACAUGGGCAUGAGCAUGCCAGGAUGGUACGAUAUCAAGUCGCUCAGCACUUUGGACAGCCGGGCAGAAGACGAAAAAGGCAUCAUAGACUCUCAGAAGUAUUUCCACUCCCUCAUCGACGAAGAGGUUGCCAAGGGCAUACCCGCAAAUCGCGUAGUCAUCGGGGGCUUCUCCCAAGGCGGAGCCAUGUCGAUUCUCUCCGGUGUCACAUACAAGGAACAGCUAGGAGGCAUCUUCGGUCUGAGUUGCUACCUGCUGCUGCAGAAGAAGAUCAAAGACAUGAUCCCGACAGACAACCCAAACCAGCAGACGCCCAUCUUCAUGGGUCACGGUGAUGCUGAUCAGGUAGUUGCGCACAAGUGGGGAAAGCUGAGUGCAGAAGAGCUGGAGAAGCAUGGAUACAAGGUUGAUUUUAGGACUUACAAGGACCUCGUUCACAGCGCCGACCCUGAAGAAAUCGACCACCUUGAGGCUUAUCUCAACCAGCAGAUACCUCCUCUCGGCGAUGACAAGUCGGACACGAGCCUUUGACUCACGACCAAUAUACCGCCCGCUUCGACCGAGCUGACGACAGUUUUUGUGAUGAUGGUUACCCUGGCUUUCGCUUGGUUCGCGUGGUACAAGAAGCGCGGCGAUGCAUCCCGAACAGGGCACGAAGAUACGAUAUAGCAGGAAUUACAUGGCACGCGUUUGAUUCUGAGACGCACGCACAACUGGGGCCUUUAGACUUGGCGGAGGUUGCGCGCACGAGAUGGCUGUUAUUCAGAACAAGGGAUAUUCAGUAUUUACUUCGGUGUUGUUCCGAGCAGUACAUGUCCCACCAGCGAAAGCAUAUAGUAAAUAUCUACAUGUAACUAAUCUUAUUUGUUCAACGCUCUCGCUA